UCCCCUUCGAAUGCGCAUCCUCACCACACAUUCUCGGAAUUCUCAAGGGAUGCUGUCAAUUCCGAGAGAAAUAUUCGUGGAAUCGAGUGUUUCCGCUGGCCAUUCGUGGCGCAGAGGAUCUUUUAUUUUUCGAACUUCAGUUCGCUCCACCACGCAUAGGUGCUCCAACAUCUACAGGGCGAUACAAGAAGAGCAUGCGCCGUGUUGCCAGGCUGGACCCUGUGUACUAUGAGUGGUGGUGUCUACGGUGGUGACGAGGUCGGAGCUAUUAUCUUCGACAUUGGCCACCAAAGCCUGCGCGUCGGAUAUGGCGGUGAGGAUGCGCCAAAGGCCGAAAUACCAACGAGCCUCGGCGUCUGGGAAGAUCCGAAUGACAGUAUCGACAGCAGCCAGCAAACUGUCAAGAAGCAAUACAACAUUGACGUCACUGCCAUACAAUUUCGUAAAGAAGACAUGGAGAUAGUCAGUCUGAUGAAGGACGGAAUGAUCGACGAUUGGGACAUGUUUGAACGUCUUGCCGAGUACACGUACAAGCAACGGCUCCACGCUUUGCCAGAACAUCAUCCGAUCCUCUUGACAGAAUGUCCAUGGAAUACAAGGCUCAAGCGUGAGAGACUCCUGGAGAUGAUGUUCGAGAAGUUCAACGUGCCAGCAAUGUACAUAUGCAAGAACGCCGUCCUAGCAGCUUACGCGAAUGGCCGCUCGACGGCGAUGGUCGUCGACAGUGGCGCCACUCACACCAGCGCCGUUCCGGUUCACGACGGCUACGUCAUCACUCAAGGAAUCGUCAAGAGUCCUCUGGCCGGCGACUUCAUAACUAUGCAGUGUCGUCAGUUCCUGGAGGAAAAGGACAUCGAGUUGGUUCCAGCCUGUCUGGUGGCUAGUAAAGACGUGGUGAGAGAACGUGAACCUCCAAGGUGGAUCCGAAGAUCUGGUCCAGAGCCGACUUCCUCGUGGCUGACUUAUAUGGUGCGUGAACUACUGCAGGACUAUCAGAUGAAUUGCCUUCAAAUCUCGGAUGGUCCAUAUGAUGAAGACACAGCUGCCGCUUUGCCAACGAAGCGUUAUGAAUUUCCUACGGGAUACAACGAUGAAUUUGGAUCAAUAAGACUGAUGAUUCCUGAGGCACUUUUUGAUCCCAGUAACGUUAAGGGUGUUGGCGCCAGCAUCCUUGGGGUCGGUCCAUUGGUCACCACCAGUGUCGGUAUGUGCGACAUGGACAUAAGACCGAGUCUCUACGGAAGCGUCGUUGUUACCGGUGGAAAUUCCUGUCUUCAAGGCUUCAGUGACCGACUUAACAGAGACUUAGCUAGUAAAACACCCCCGAGUAUGAGACUGAAGAUUAUUAGUGCCAAUAGCUCCAGUGAGAGACGUUACGGUGCCUGGAUCGGUGGCUCCAUUUUGAGUUCACUUGGAUCCUUUCAGCAAAUGUGGUUAUCGCGACAGGAAUACGAGGAAUCAGGAAAAAUGAUUCUGGAUCGAUGCGCUUAAGGUAAUUUUUUUUUUCAAUUUUACGAAGAAUUCGAGACUAAAUGUAUAAGAAUUUGUUUUACGUUAAUUUGGAGAAAAAGCAAAAAUACGAAAUCGCUGAUGCAUGUAUACAAUUUUUUCCAAUUUUUAAGGGGAAUUUUAACCCAACGCGCUUUGUACAUGUAAAACGUUUAUCUUGCGAUAUUUUUAAGGUAUUUUAAACAAAAUCAAAAUGACAAAAAGCAAUGUGAUGCGACGGGUGAUAGUUAAUUCGUUUGAAAUUUUUUAUUGAAUUUCAAAACGUGAUAUCAAAAUUCACCUAUGUAAAAUUCAUGAAUCUAGGCUUAAAAUGUCUUUCGAAAAAAAAAAGAAAAUGUUGAAAAAAUUUAUUCUAAAUAUUGUUGUAGAGAAUUUUCAAUUUUUGUAAAUACAAUGGCCCAUCUAUGCGUAAGACAGUUCCUACAAUUUUCGAAAUAAUCAACGGAUUUUGAAAGUCGAUAAAUUUAUUUAGCAUUUUUGCAAUUUUUUAUCGAUCGAUUCUUUCUAAUCGAUACUUCUUAUGCGUUAUUUUUUCUUUCUUUACUAAUAGUCGUAUAUGCUAUACAUAUAUAAUAUAUGUAUACGUAACCAGCCAAUAAUCAACAGUAUUCCAAAAAUUUUAUCGUCCGUAGAUUUAAUGGUAAUCACGAAUAAAAUACAUUUUUUAAAAAACUUUUAACUAGCUAUUAAGCGAUAUCAAUCAAAUUGCUAUUUAUCAUUCAUUCUAAUAAUUCAUAACAUUAUUAGCCAAUUCGUUGUAAUUGCAGAUGCAAAUUUUGAUUUAUUGUUAAAAAAAUACAAAUAUACACAUAUUUCCAUAAGCAAUACAUAUAUUCGUAGUUUAUAUAGAAUUGAUAAGCAAUAAAUAAAAAUACGUUGAGUUACGCUAACUUGAUAGGUUGAUUAUAAUAAUAAAAAAUUACAUGAAUUUUAUCCAAAGAUCCUUAAUAAUUUUUUGUGACGUGACGCUUUGUGACAUGAUUUUUCGAUUCACAAGGCGACUCCGGCUACCGAUACAGUGCCAGUUAUGCCAGUACUCUCGAAAGAUUGUGUUAUUGUUUAGCGAUCUGCCGUGGGGAUUCGCUAAGGAACGCUCUUGAUUUGGUUUAAAGGGACGACUAGAGGGAAAGGGAAGAGUUAUCGGCUAUAAGGAUUUCGACCAAUCAGAUGAUCAGAAUUAUUAGUUCUCGAAUUUGGCUACUUUGUCAAAGCAGUCUGUCUCGGGGCACCGACCGAGGUGUCACGGGCUGCCUCGCGCUCCCGGGCUGUUUGUUUAUAGUUUUUCUAGCUGUGUUUAGAUACGGUAUAGAAAAUUCUCGCUCGCGGAGUUCUCGCGUUGCUCUCGC